AUGCGUGGACUCAAUCGAAAUGUUGUCUACUUCAUCCUUCCCUUAGGUCUUGCCCAAGGCCAGGAGAGCUAUGACUACAUCAUAGCCGGCGGGGGCACCAGCGGCCUUGUGGUCGCAAACCGGCUGUCCGCCGACCCGUCUAUCCGCGUGCUUGUCAUCGAGGCCGGCCGUGACGAGCGAACGAACCCCAACGUGACCUCAGUCUCGGGUUUCUUGUCGGCGUUCAACACCUCAAUCGAUUGGGCCUACAAUGUCGUGCCGCAGCAAAGCCUCUACGGCCGCGACAUGCAGUACCACUCUGGGCGGGCGCUCGGUGGGACCAGCACCAUCAACGGCAUGACAUUCCUACGCGGCGACGCGCCCGAGGUCGAUGCCUGGGAGGCGCUGGGGAAUCCGGGCUGGAACUGGGACGCCCUCUGGCCGCACUACACGGGCGUGGAGAAUUUCACGGUCCCGACGGCGGCCCAGAUCGCGGCUGGUGUCUCGUGGACGCCAGAGUUUCACGGGGAGCAGGGCGAGUUAACCACCGGUUGUCCCUAUUCGCUGCUGAACGGGAGCUUCCACGAGGCGUGGGGAGCCACCUGGGCGAACUGGGGGCUUCCGCACAACGAGGAUAUGAAUGGGGGUGACAUUAGGGGCUACAGCGUCUGGCCGUCUACACUAGACCGUGAUGCCAAUGUGCGCGAGGAUGCGGCGAGGGCAUUCCUCCAUCCGGUAGAGGCAAGACCCAACCUGAAGGUCAUUCAGGGGACCGUGCGACGAGUACUUUGGAAGAAAGGGGCGAGCGGCUGUGAAGCUAUAGAAGCCGAAGGUGUCGAAUACCUGUCGGCGAGUGGGGAGACUCUCACGUUGAGCGCCAACAAGGAGGUCAUCCUCUCAGCAGGGUCAUUGCGCUCACCCCUGAUACUUGAACUCUCGGGAGUAGGCCAUCCGAGCUACCUCAAAAAGCUAGGGAUCGAGACGAAAGUCGACCUGCCGGGGGUCGGCGAGAACAUGAUUGAACAGCCUCUGGGCGCCAUCGGCUACAGCGCCAACCUCACCCUUCCUGCCGGCGCCGCCACUCCAUUCGGGGCCUUCAUCAACGCACAGGACAUGUUUGGCGAUGAGACGGCGUCGCUCGCCGCCUCCACCAAGGCGAGCCUAGCCGACUGGGCCGCGCAGAUCUCGGCGGCGAACGGCGGCGUCGUCGGUGCGGCGGCGUUGGAAAAGGUGUUUGCCGUGCAGCACGACCUGAUCUUCGGCAAGAACGUAACCAUCGGAGAGAUCCUGACAUAUCUCAGCGAAGGGGCCAUCGGCAACGUCGGAUGGCCCCUCCUCCCGUUCUCCAGGGGCAGCGUGCACCUCAAGUCAACAGAGGCCAUCGACGACCCGGUCAUCGACCCCAAGUACCUGCUGGCCGACUUCGAUGUCAAGAUGAUGACCGGUCUCGGACGCGUGGCCCGGUCCUUCUUCGGCCAGAAGCCUAUGAGCGACAUUGUGAUCGAGUUCAUCUCGCCGGGCGACGCGAUCCUGCCCCCAGAUGCUUCUGAUGCCCAGUGGGAGGCGGCACUCCGGGCCUCCGCCGGGCCAAACCACCACGCUUUAGGGACGGCGGCCAUGAUGUCGCGAGAACUCGGUGGCGUGGUCGAUCCCAAGUUGAAGGUCUACGGCACGAGCAACGUGCGAGUUGUCGACGCGUCGGUGAUUCCCCUGCAGAUCAGCGGACAUCUGACGGCCACGCUGUACGCGUUGGCGGACAGGGCAUCGGGUAUCAUCCUGGGAACGGUGUGA